AUGUCUUACCUCGCUAAGCAUCUUCAAUGCAUAUCUCGCCCCGCGUUCCUUGAAGCUGCAACGGAAGAAAAGUGUCGAAUUACAUUGCUAUGUCCCCAUUUAGAGAAACACUCACGAAUUGGAUACGCUCUGCCCCUUCUGACUCUCUUCUCGUUUUUCUUUCCUCCCCAUUCUUACUCCCUUCUAUCUUUGCUCUCUCUUCUCGUUUUCCUUUCUCUUAUUCUCUUUCUCUCAUCUCUUUCUCCAUUUUCUCUUUCCCCUCUCUCGUGUCCUUCUCUCUCUUUCUUCGCUCUUUCUUCUCACUCUCUCUCUCCACUCUUUUUUCUCUCUCUUUCUCCCUUAUGUCGUUCCUCUUUCUUCACUUUUUCCCUUCUCUCUAUCUUUCUCCCUUCUCUCUCUUCUUUUUUCUCCAUUUAUUCUCUCCCUCUCCUCUGUCUUACCCUUUUCCUUUUCUUCUCUCCCUUCUCUCUUUUCUUCUCUCUCUCUCUCUCCCUUCUCUCUUACUUCUCGUUCUCUCUCCUAUCUUCCUCCUCUCUUUUUCUCUUCCUCCCUUCUCACCUUUUCUCUCAUUUUCCCUUCGCUCUUUCAUAUUUCUUCUUCAUUCCCUCUUUCCUAUCACGUUCUUCUCUUUAUCCCUUCUCUCUUUCUUCUCUCUUUCUUUGUACGUUCUCUCUUUCCUCUCUCUCUCUCCCCUUUCAGUCUUUCUUCUCUCUCCAUUUUCUCUCUUCUUUUCUCCCCUCUUUCUUUUCUCUCUCUUCUCUUUCCUCUUUCACCCUUUCUUUCUCUCCCUACUUUCUCCCUUCUAUCUUUCUCCCUUUUCUUUUUCUUCUCUUUCUCAAUCUCACUCCUCAUUUUUUUAAGAAAAAUUGUCUUAAAUAA